AACAGCCAGCCACGCGCGAACAAACUCGGACAUCCCUCCCACUCGUCCGCAGCAUCCGCCGCCCCGCUUCUCGGAAAUCCCCGAAAUGCCCCUGGACCCCGACCCCUCGUCGCCGCCGCCGCCGGCGCACCACCGCGACUGGUUCUUCCCCCCGGCGCCGCCGUUCCUCCCCUCCUCCAGAGCCCGAACCCCCAGGACUCCCUUCCCCUCCACCUACCGCUCCUCCAAGCCCUGCUCCGUCUAUUCCUUCGCCGACCGCCGGCCGCUUCCUACACCACGCUCCCGCUCGCGCUCCCCGCACCCACCGCCGGAGCAGCAGCAGCAGCAGCAGACGCCGCCGCCUCCGUCCGCGCCGCGCCGCCGCGACCCCCGGUACGCCGGCGUUCGCCGCGAUGAUGCCCGUACGGCUGCCUCAGUGAAAGCCGCGCCCCCGACGGCCGCGCCGGUGCACGGGAGGAAGCCGGCAGCAUCGGCGAUCACCCCGCGAUGGUCGGGGAUGCUCUCAGCGGCGGUUAUUUUACUGUGCUUAGCCUCCCUUCUCCGUAGGAACUUCUCAUUACACGAUCAGGUUUACCAUCUGCAGGAACAGCUCGCGGUAGCUACAGCAAAACUUCAGUCAUGUAUUGUAGGCUCCUCAUUGGAUAUGAGCGACAUUGAUUUUCUGUAUCAGGAUGACAAUAUUACCAUGCCAAACAGAAGUCUUAAGAACUUUUCCCUGCUUAUCUCCCUUUCUGUACUAUAUGCGCCACUGGUAAUUCUCAAGUACAUAGACCUCGUGUCAAAGAUAAGGAGUUCACGUGACUCCGAAGAAGUUCCCAUAAACAAGCGGUUCGCAUACAGAGUUGAUAUAUUUUUAUCACUUCACCCGUAUGCUAAACCGUUGGUUCUACUUGUUGCUACAUUGUUACUAAUUGCUCUUGGCGGGCUGGCUCUGUAUGGUGUGACUGAUGAUAGCUUAACUGAUUGUCUUUGGCUGUCCUGGACCUUCGUUGCUGACUCGGGGAACCAUGCCAACGCUGUGGGUUUUGGACCUAAGCUGGUUUCAGUUUCAAUUAGUAUUGGUGGGAUGUUGGUUUUUGCCAUGAUGCUUGGUCUUGUCACCGAUUCAAUCUCUGAGAAGUUUGAUUCUUUGAGGAAAGGAAGAAGUGAAGUCAUAGAGCAGAGCCACACUCUGAUUCUUGGAUGGAGCGACAAGUUGGGAUCUUUGCUGAAUCAAAUAGCUAUUGCUAAUGAAAGCUUGGGAGGUGGGACCAUUGUAGUGAUGGCAGAGAGAGACAAAGAGGAAAUGGAAGCAGACAUUGCUAAAAUGGAGUUUGACUUGAAAGGAACAGCUGUAAUAUGUAGAAGUGGAAGCCCUCUGAUUCUCGCUGACUUGAAAAAGGUCUCAGUUUCAAAGGCGCGGGCAAUUGUGGUUCUAGCCGAAGAAGGAAAUGCUGACCAGAGUGAUGCACGGGCAUUGCGAACAGUCUUGAGUUUAACUGGGGUUAAAGAGGGACUAAGAGGUCACAUAGUAGUUGAGCUUAGUGACCUUGACAAUGAAGUUCUAGUCAAGCUUGUUGGUGGAGAUCUCGUGGAAACUGUUGUUGCACAUGAUGUGAUCGGUCGAUUGAUGAUACAGUGUGCGCGCCAGCCAGGCCUUGCUCAGAUAUGGGAAGAUAUUCUUGGCUUCGAGAACUGUGAAUUCUACAUUAAGAGAUGGCCUAAGUUGGAUGGAAUGCGAUUUGAAGAUGUGCUGAUUAGCUUUCCUGAUGCUAUUCCAUGUGGCAUAAAAGUGGCAUCUCAUGGGGGCAAGAUUAUUUUGAAUCCUGAUGAUUGUUAUGUUUUGCAAGAGGGUGAUGAGGUGAUAGUAAUUGCAGAAGAUGAUGACACAUAUGCCCCAGCACCGUUGCCCAAGGUUAGGAGAGGGUAUCUGCCUAAAGAUUUUGUUGUUCCAAAGUCUCCAGAAAGAAUAUUGUUUUGUGGUUGGCGCCGUGAUAUAGAAGAUAUGAUAAUGGUACUUGAUGCUUUCCUUGCGCCAGGAUCAGAGUUGUGGAUGUUUAACGAAGUCCCUGAGGUUGACAGGGAAAGAAAGCUAAUUGAUGGAGGUCUGGACUUCAGUCGUCUAGAUAAUAUUACUUUGGUGCAUCGUGAAGGAAAUGCUGUCAUUCGCCGUCACCUGGAGAGCCUCCCUUUAGAAUCAUUUGAUUCUAUCCUGAUUUUGGCAGAUGAAUCUGUAGAAGAUUCAGCAAUCCAAGCUGACUCAAGGUCACUUGCAACAUUACUGCUGAUCAGAGAUAUUCAGGCAAAGCGGCUUCCAUACAGGGAAGCGAUGGUUUCACAUGUUCCCGGAGGGGCCUUCUCUGAAGGUUCUUGGAUUGGGGAAAUGCAACAAGCAUCUGACAAAUCUGUUAUAAUCAGUGAGAUUUUGGAUCCUAGGACAAAAAAUUUGUUGUCAAUGUCUAAAAUCAGUGACUAUGUUCUUUCAAAUGAACUCGUUAGCAUGGCGUUGGCAAUGGUUGCAGAAGAUCGGCAGAUAAAUGAUGUCUUGGAGGAGCUCUUUGCCGAACAGGGAAAUGAAAUGCAAAUACGACCAUCCGAUCUGUACCUUAGAGAUGAAGAGGAGUUAAAUUUCUUUGAGAUCGUUUUACGUGCUAGACAGAGGAAAGAGAUUGUCAUUGGGUACCGUCUUGAAGGAGCUGAGCGUGCCAUAAUCAAUCCAACAGACAAAGUUUCAAGGCGAAGGUGGUCGCCCAAGGAUGUUUUUGUUGUUAUAUCCGAGAAAGAAUGAGCUACAUCAAAUUACAAUUAACACGAGAAGCUGCUGAGCACACCUAAGGAAAAACAGGCAGCAGUGCCAUUGGAUGCACCAACAAGUGCAGACAGCUGUUUCAUUCUGAUGCUCGUUUGGCAGAAGGCAAGCACUGAGUGCGAAGGAGCAAAGCAAAAGCAUGGACCGGAUUUUGGAUACCUUGGCUUGCCACGUACAAAUACAGAAAAUGCUGCAAUAUGGUUUAGAAGGCUGUGAACUGAAUACACGACACAAGCUUUGGAAGUUUGGAUCGAUCCAGUUCAUUUGUAUAUUCUUGUCUGUGUAACUUCCAUAUACACACUACACAACAAGCAGAGCAUCACCUAUGUUAAGGGCUCAUGAGUGUUGACACUGAGCGGGAAUACAAUUUUCCAGUGAGGCUGUUAUACCCUUGCGAUAGACUGCAGUGUUUGUUCAGCAUGGCAGUUCUAUUGAGGAAACCGUUUGACGGUGUUACAAACAAUUUUGCUGUAUUUCUUCAUAUUCGUGAAUAGCAAGAGAUGCCUGUCAUUCAUGUAAAUAUAUGUAACCGGAAGAUCAUGUGAGGACCCAAUUUUCGGUCCUUAGAUUUUUUAUAGAGGCAAUUACCUAUGUGCCUUCGCCAAA